UCCUCAACUAACUUACAUAAAUCUUUAUCUCUUUUAGGCUUUGCAUAGCGGUCAAAGCAAACCAUUAGCACUGCCCAAAAGACUAGACCCUCUUGCUCCUCUCUUCUCUUUAUAAAUAAUUUACACUUUGAUAGAUAUAUUUCUCACUGCAUUGCAAGGAUCUUUAAGGCAUAUACACAAUGGGGUUCACUGUGAGCAACCAACAGCAACUCUUGUCUAAGAUGGCAACUGGAAAUGGGCAUGGUGAAAACUCUCCAUACUUUGAUGGCUGGAAGGCUUAUGAUAGUGAUCCCUUUCAUCCCACCAAGAACCCUAAUGGGGUUAUCCAGAUGGGGCUUGCAGAAAAUGAACUAUGCUUUGAUUUGAUUGAAGAGUGGGUUUUGAAGAACCCAGAAGCCUCCAUUUGCACAGCAGCAGGAGUAAAUGAGUUCAAAGACAUAGCUAUCUUUCAGGAUUAUCAUGGAUUGCCAGAAUUCAGAAAUGCUGUUGCAAAUUUCAUGGGAAAAACGAGAGGAAAUCAAGUCACAUUUGACCCCGACCGGAUUGUUAUGAGUGGAGGCGCAACCGGAGCUCAUGAGAUGAUAGCCUUCUGCUUGGCUGAUCCUGGGGAUGCAUUUCUGGUGCCUGUUCCUUAUUAUCCAGGUUUCGAUCGAGAUCUUGGAUGGCGAACGGGGGUGCAACUUAUUCCAGUUGCUUGUGAAAGCUCCAACAGUUUCAAAGUCACCAAAGCAGCCUUGGAGGCUGCCUAUGAGAAAGCUCAAAAGGAUAACAUCAGAGUAAAGGGCUUGCUGAUCACCAAUCCUUCAAACCCCUUAGGCACUGUCCUAGACAGAGAGACUCUAAGAAGCCUAGUGACCUUCAUCAAUGAAAAGAAAAUCCACCUGGUGAGUGAUGAAAUAUAUGCUGCCACUGUCUUCAGCCAGCCAAGCUUCAUAAGCAUUGCAGAAAUCAUAGAGGAAGAUAUCGAAUGCGACCGCAACCUUGUUCACAUUGUCUACAGCCUCUCAAAGGACAUGGGGUUCCCUGGCUUCAGAGUUGGCAUUGUGUAUUCUUACAAUGAUGAGGUGGUAAAUUGCGCGCGAAAAAUGUCAAGCUUCGGCUUAGUCUCUACACAAACUCAGCAUCUGAUCGCAUCCAUGCUUUCAGACAAUGAGUUUGUGGACAGAUUUAUUGCACAAAGUGCUCAAAGGCUGAAAGCAAGGCACAUGCGCUUCACUAUGGGGCUUGAACAAGUAGGCACAAGUUGUUUGAAGAGCAAUGGUGGGCUCUUUGUAUGGAUGGACUUGCACAAGCUCCUCAAGGAGCAGACAUUUGAAGCUGAGAUGGCGUUGUGGCGCACGAUAAUCCAUGAAGUUAAGCUCAAUGUGUCACCAGGAUCUUCUUUUCAUUGCCCUGAACCAGGCUGGUUCAGAGUUUGCUUUGCCAACAUGGAUGACAAGACCAUGGAAAUUGCUUUAAAGCGAAUCCGAACCUUUGUGCAACAAGAUAAGGAGGCUGUGGUGCCAAGGAAGAAGAACAGGUUCUGUCAAAACAACCUCAGGCUCAGCUUCAAAUCGCGACGAAUGGAUGACAUCAUGAUGUCGCCGUGCAUGAUGUCGCCUCAAUCGCCUCUGGUUCGAGCCAUGACUUAAAAAAACGUGACUACCAAAAGAUUCUUACUUCUUCUUAGGUAGAAACUAUAAAUUCUUUUCUUGUGAAAUUAUUUUCAUGCCAAAUCUUCAGCCUUUACCUACAGAGUGAAGUGCAUUUUUCCUUCUUUUCACUCAGUGAAAAAAAGAUUGUAUUUGUUUGUAAUGAUUUCUCACAAAAUAUAUUUGAAUAAUUUAAUUCAA